ACCGGCUGCAGCCGCAGUGGUGGUGGCCACCCACCCUCUGCCACCUGCAUGGGGCUCGGGACUGCAGUGGCUGCAUUGCCCUGCCACCCGACACUCCCAGGGACUCAGCUCAGCUUGGCGCUAGCCCGGGCACAACGCGCCCUCGGCGCUGCGACUUGGUCCUCUGCGAGCGCCACCCCAUGCUUUGUCUGUGUCCGCUCGGUGGAGACUGAGCAGGCGGGAAACCUGGACUCAACGCGAGCCCCUGGAACUGCCUUUCUCCAGGUCUUCCUCCCCAACCCUUACUAGAAACGGGAAGAAACUUAAGUGCGCGAGGCAGACAGGGGAUGCCCCAUUUUGAUGACCCGCGCCCUCACCCCUCGGCGAUAGUAAAGACACUCCCGCAGGAAGCUGCCUGCCUGUAUGAAUCGGCGGCGUGGGAGAUUUUGCUUUUACAGGAAAGUUAGCUUUGACACCAGACUAGCGGGUGCAAAGGACAGAAAGGAGACCCUUUAUUCCCUUGCUCAGGGCUCUUGGAGUCCAUGGGCAAAGCGACCUGCGGGUGCUGGUUCCGCACCUGCGGAGGACAAGAGCCAGUACCUAAAGAACAGCAGAGGACCGUGGCGACACGACCACUGGAACGCGGGAUAGGAGUGCGGAGGGAAGGCCGGGGCUCCUGCUGCCCGCGGUAGUCCUCUGCCUAGCUGGUCAGAGCGUGCGGCUGCCUUCAAGACACCGGCGUCCUGGGCAUUAGGUUUCCGCCACCACCCGCUCCGCACCCGGUUCCGGGGGUGUGGCUUCACGAGGGGGCGGGUUUAAGUGGCCGCGGGUGUCUGACCGCUCUGACAGGUUCCCAAAUUCCUCGCAGUCGCCGGAUGCCCGCAGCGCUUUUUAGAGCACCAGGGUGGCACGCCUCGGGGCUUCGCUGGCUCCUCCAGAGACAUCUCUGUCGCCUCGGCCUCCCUUCUCGUCCAAAACCUUAUAUUCGCCUCACCGCCAAGCUUGGGUUCUCAGCCGCAGGGAUCCGAACCAGUGGCUUCCCUUCGCUCUCAGAUCUGUUAGCUUUGGCGCCCUCCCCGCUUUCCUUCCCUCUCCUCUUGCUCCACCUAGCUGCGGGCCAAAUGGACUCGGAAGAGCGAAGUGAAGGGCCUGGGAACCGUGUGCUGCGACACCUCAGAAGCGCAACUGGAAGCGUUAACCUCGUCUUCUAGGCAAGGCCGGGACCCUGGGGCCAGUGUCCCUUCACUCCCUCCCUGAGGGAUGCUUCUGCCCAGAGCCAGAGCCGCUGCGCUGUCAGUCCUCGCCCUGGACCCAGAACCGAGCUUGGGGGAUACUCAGCACAACCUUCCUCCAAAUUAACUGUUUGGUGACUUGUUAGCGCUGAGACUACCACCUCUGAAGGCGCUCUGCCACCUCACAGUCCAACCUCCCCUCCCGCCCCGCAUUCUCUCCCAUGUUGCCCCCGCCCCCAGCUCCGCCCCGGCUCCCCAUCCCGGCCGCAAUGGAGUUCUCCCGAGGGCGAUGAAUCCAGCCACAGCUGCUAACUUCGCACCCAUCGCUGCCGCAGGUCAACCCUGGCCAGCCCCCCUGCAGCUGCCGACCGGUAGGUGUCCGGAGCCCAGUGCCGCAGCCAGGACCCCCCAGACGCGCAGCAAAGGCACGGUGCCUCUUGGAGAGCAAAGGCUGCGCCAAGACGCCGAGCCUAGAACCAACCAAGAAGCCUGAGUCCGGGAAGAGGGCUGCGCUACUCACAGCUCCGCGGCUUCUGCGGACAGAUAGCCGCCGCCACCGACCGCGGCGUACUCAAGCUGUGCGGGCCGGCGGGAGCGCAGCGGGCAAGGACGUGGGGGUCUGCUUCCAUCUUCCUGGCGCCUUUUGCCCCUGGGCACAGUAUGACCUGACCUGCGGAGUCGCCCUGCCCAGGGUUCCUGAAACAGGGCAGCCCAGAAUUGAAGGACUUGGUGCAAGCUCCAACCAGGUUGUCUUCCAGUCUUUAGGAAUUCCUCCUUCAACUGCCUCCGCCAGGUUCUACGCCUCCCUCCCUGCGGCCCAGCGCCAUGGAGCUCUCGGAUGUGCGCUGCCUUAGUGGUAGCGAGGAACUCUACACCAUCCACCCGACGCCCCCGGCCGGUGACGGCGGGAGCGGCUCCCGGCCGCAGCGGCUGCUGUGGCAGACGGCGGUGCGGCACAUCACCGAGCAGCGCUUCAUUCACGGGCACCCGGGAGGCAGCGGCAGCGGGAGCGGAGGCUCGGGCAAAGCCUCCAACCCCGCGGGCAGCGGCCCCAACCACCAUGCGCCGCAGCUGUCCGGUGACUCUGCGUUGCCCCUCUACUCUCUGGGCCCGGGGGAGCGAGCGCACAGCACCGGCGGCACCAAAGUCUUCCCAGAACGAAGUGGGAGCGGCAGUGCCAGCGGCAGCGGCGGCGGGGGCGACCUGGGCUUUCUGCACCUUGACUGCGCCCCGAGCAACUCGGAUUUCUUCCUCAAUGGGGGCUAUAGCUACCGAGGGGUCAUUUUCCCCACUCUGCGCAACUCCUUCAAGUCUCGGGAUCUGGAGCGCCUCUACCAGCGGUAUUUCCUGGGCCAGAGGCGCAAAUCGGAGGUGGUGAUGAACGUGCUGGAUGUCCUGACUAAACUCACCCUUUUAGUCCUGCACUUGAGCCUGGCCUCGGCCCCCAUGGACCCCCUCAAGGGCAUCCUGCUGGGCUUCUUCACGGGCAUUGAGGUGGUGAUCUGCGCCCUGGUGGUGGUCAGGAAGGACACCACCUCACACACAUACCUUCAGUACAGCGGUGUGGUCACCUGGGUGGCCAUGACCACCCAGAUCCUGGCAGCAGGCCUCGGCUAUGGGCUCCUGGGCGACGGCAUAGGCUACGUCCUCUUCACACUCUUUGCCACCUACAGCAUGCUGCCUCUGCCGCUCACCUGGGCCAUCAUGGCGGGCCUGGGCACCUCGCUGCUGCAGGUCAUCCUCCAGGUGGUUAUCCCCCGGUUAGCUGUCAUUUCCAUCAACCAGGUUGUGGCCCAGGCAGUGUUAUUCAUGUGCAUGAACACAGCUGGAAUCUUCAUCAGUUACCUGUCAGACCGGGCCCAGCGCCAAGCCUUCCUGGAGACGCGGAGGUGUGUGGAGGCCAGGCUGCGCCUGGAGACAGAGAACCAAAGACAGGAGCGGCUUGUGCUCUCUGUGCUCCCCCGGUUUGUGGUCCUGGAAAUGAUCAACGACAUGACCAACGUGGAAGACGAGCACCUGCAGCACCAAUUCCAUCGCAUCUACAUCCAUCGCUACGAGAAUGUCAGUAUUCUUUUUGCAGAUGUUAAAGGAUUUACCAACCUCUCUACAACCUUGUCCGCUCAGGAGCUGGUCAGGAUGCUCAACGAGCUCUUUGCCAGAUUUGAUCGACUGGCCCAUGAGCAUCACUGCCUUCGUAUUAAAAUCCUGGGGGACUGCUACUACUGUGUUUCUGGACUCCCUGAACCCCGCCAGGAUCAUGCCCACUGCUGUGUUGAAAUGGGCCUCAGCAUGAUCAAAACCAUCAGGUAUGUGCGGUCAAGGACAAAGCACGACGUUGACAUGCGGAUUGGAAUCCACUCGGGCUCGGUGCUAUGUGGAGUGUUGGGACUGAGGAAGUGGCAGUUUGAUGUCUGGUCUUGGGAUGUGGACAUUGCAAACAAACUGGAAUCUGGAGGAAUCCCCGGGAGGAUUCACAUUUCCAAAGCCACACUGGACUGCCUCAACGGUGACUAUAAUGUGGAAGAGGGUCACGGUAAAGAGAGGAACGAAUUCUUAAGGAAGCAUAAUAUAGAAACCUAUUUAAUUAAGCAGCCUGAGGACAGUCUGCUGUCCUUGCCUGAAGAUAUAAUCAAGGAGUCUGUGAGCCCCUCAGACCGAAGAAACAGCGGGGCAACAUUCACAGAAGGAUCCUGGAGCCCCGAGCUGCCUUUUGAUAACAUCGUGGGGAAGCAGAAUACUCUGGCUGCCCUAACAAGAAAUUCAAUAAAUCUGCUUCCAAACCAUCUUGCACAAGCUUUGCAUGUCCAGUCUGGGCCUGAGGAAAUUAACAAGAGAAUAGAACAUACCAUCGACUUGCGGAGUGGUGAUAAAUUGAGAAGAGAGCAUAUCAAGCCUUUCUCACUGAUGUUUAAAGACUCCAGCCUGGAGCACAAGUAUUCUCAAAUGAGGGAUGAAGUAUUCAAGUCAAACUUGGUGUGUGCGUUUAUUGUUCUCCUGUUUAUCACGGCAAUACAAAGUUUGCUUCCUUCUUCAAGAGUGAUGCCAAUGACCAUCCAGUUCUCCAUUCUGAUUAUGCUGCACUCGGCUCUGGUCCUCAUCACCACAGCAGAGGAUUAUAAGUGUUUGCCCCUCAUCCUCCGGAAAACUUGCUGUUGGAUUAAUGAGACCUAUUUGGCCCGGAACGUCAUCAUCUUUGCAUCCAUCCUGAUUAAUUUCCUGGGUGCCGUCCUAAAUAUCCUGUGGUGUGAUUUUGACAAGUCGAUCCCCUUGAAGAACCUGACUUUCAAUUCCUCAGCUGUGUUUACAGAUAUCUGCUCCUACCCAGAGUACUUCGUCUUCACGGGGGUGCUGGCCAUGGUGACCUGUGCAGUGUUCCUCCGACUCAACUCCGUCCUGAAGCUGGCUGUGCUGCUGAUUAUGAUUGCCAUCUAUGCCCUGCUGACCGAGACCGUCUAUGCAGGUCUCUUCCUGCGUUAUGAUAACCUGAACCACAGUGGAGAAGAUUUCCUGGGGACCAAGGAGGCAUCACUGCUGCUGAUGGCCAUGUUCCUCCUUGCCGUAUUCUACCACGGACAGCAGCUGGAGUACACAGCCCGCCUGGACUUCCUCUGGCGAGUACAAGCCAAAGAAGAGAUCAAUGAGAUGAAGGAGCUGAGGGAACACAAUGAGAACAUGCUCCGGAAUAUCCUGCCCAGUCACGUGGCCCGUCAUUUCCUGGAGAAAGAUCGAGACAAUGAGGAGCUGUAUUCUCAAUCCUAUGAUGCCGUUGGGGUGAUGUUUGCCUCCAUCCCAGGAUUUGCAGACUUUUACUCUCAGACUGAAAUGAACAACCAGGGAGUGGAGUGCCUGCGCCUGCUGAAUGAGAUCAUUGCUGACUUCGAUGAGUUGCUCAGCGAGGACCGGUUUCAGGACAUUGAAAAGAUUAAGACCAUUGGCAGCACCUAUAUGGCUGUGUCAGGCCUGUCACCUGAAAAACAGCAAUGUGAAGACAAAUGGGAGCAUUUGUGCGCCCUGGCCGAUUUCUCUCUCGCCCUGACUGAAAGCAUCCAGGAGAUCAACAAGCACUCGUUCAACAACUUCGAACUCCGGAUUGGCAUCAGCCAUGGCUCAGUGGUAGCUGGCGUCAUCGGCGCUAAGAAACCACAGUAUGACAUUUGGGGCAAAACCGUGAACCUGGCCAGCCGAAUGGACAGCACAGGGGUCAGUGGCCGGAUCCAAGUCCCAGAGGAGACCUAUCUCAUCCUGAAGGACCAGGGCUUUGCCUUUGACUACCGAGGGGAGAUCUACGUGAAGGGCAUCAGUGAACAGGAAGGAAAAAUCAAAACGUACUUUCUCCUGGGAAGAGUCCAACCCAACCCAUUCAUCCUGCCCCCGAGGAGACUGCCUGGGCAGUACUCUCUGGCCGCAGUCGUCCUGGGCCUUGUCCAGUCUCUCAACAGGCAAAGGCAGAAGCAGCUCCUCAACGAGAACAACAGCACGGGGAUCAUCAAAAGUCAUUACAGCCGGCGGACUUUGCUGACGCCCAGCGGGACGGAGCCCGGAGCCCCCGCCGAAGGCACCGACAAAUCCGACUUGCCAUAAGAAGCAUUUUCUUUGUGUUCCUUUUUUUUGUAUUUCUUUUAUAUAUAAAACAAAUAUACUAAUAAAAAGGUUUAAUUUUUUUUAGAACAA